UUUUUUCCCUUUAGAAUUUAUCAGUUUAGACCUCCACGUCCAUAAAACAGACUAGCUUUUGCACAUUCUUUCAAAAAGUCAAGAGGUUCACGCCUCCUAAACCACCUGGAAGCCAGGAGGAGGGGAAACAAGGUCACAGUCUUGAUUUAAGAUGCAAUGCGUACAUCAGUUCUAUUUAGAUCCCCAUCGAUCUGGAAGCCUUCUCAGCCUGGCUUCUUCUUAGCUGUGUGACCUUGGGCAACUAGCUUCACCUCUCUGAACUGCAGGGUGUUGUGUUUGUUUUUGUUUUUUUUUAGGUCAAAUGCAAACACUUCCUCCUAUCCUGGGUGGUUUUGAGAUGAAGCAGUAAUUAACAUAUGUAAAUCAGGAGGGUCCCCAGUUUACAUAAAGUAUGCAGAUAGGUUGACAGAGCAGCUUUCUGGAGGGUCUGAGGUUACAAUGUAAGUUCUAGUGUUCCUUCUGCAGAGAUCUGGGGUCCGGUGCAGUAAGGGUCACCAGCUCGCAAGGAUGUGUGAACUGCUCAGAUCUGAAGGGCAGUGCUUCUCCAACUUUCUGGCUGGCGGUAUAAAAUGCAGAUUCUGGUUGGGCAGGUGCAGGGAGGGCCAAGGUGGGGUCAGUGCUUGUGCACUGCUGGGCAGCUCUUGGGUGAAGCCCGCUGGACUGGUCACUCGGAACAGAAGGCCACCUGGCAGGGUCUUUCCACGGCUGCCUUACUGACAGUGGGCCCAGGGUGGGUCCCUGCUCCUGGCAUGGGGCUCUCUUGUCCCAGGCACAACGGUUAGGAGCAGCCCUGGCCUGGGUCCCAUCAGAUGCCAGAAACCUCAUGCCACUUCCUCCAGCUGGGACACCCCAAGGCAUGUCCCCCGACCUCCCGGCGGGCGGCAUGGCCGGGCUGAGACCCCCCGCCACCUAGGACGGAUGCUACAAUCGAGGUGCACCCACGCAAGCAGGCGGCAGGAUGAAGCCAAAGUGUCUGGAGCGCCCCUGCUGAGAGCUGUCCUGUCGGUGCACUGCGCAUGGUCAUCUCUGCAACGGAAGGUCUCCCCAGACAACCGGUUGAGACCGCCGGCCCUCCUUAUAGCGAAGAUGAGGCUCCUUCUCCUUCUGCUGCUCUGUCUGUGUGAAGCCCAGAGCCAGGUGGCAACGAGGCCCAAUAUCAUUGUGCUGAUGGCUGACGACCUCGGCAUCGGAGACCCUGGCUGCUAUGGCAACAAGACUCUCAGGACUCCCGGUAUUGACCGGCUGGCCAGCGAGGGAGUGAAACUCACGCAGCACCUGGCGGCAUCCCCCCUGUGUACACCAAGCAGGGCGGCCUUCUUGACGGGCCGGUACCCCAUCCGCUCAGGAAUGGCAGCUGAGAACCGGCUGGGAGUUUUCCUCUUCACGGCAUCUUCUGGGGGACUUCCAACCAGGGAGAUCACUUUUGCCAGGCUUCUGAAAGAUCAAGGCUACGCGACAGCAUUGAUAGGGAAAUGGCACCUCGGGUUGAACUGUCACAGCAAAGCUGACUUUUGUCACCACCCCAUCCAUCACGGCUUCGAUUAUUACUAUGGGCUCCCAGGCACCAAUCUGAGGGACUGCAAACCGGGAGGAGGCAGCGUCUUCACCACGGCCUUCAAGAGCAUGGUGUUCAUCCCUCUGCAGAUCAUCGGGGUGGCCGUGCUCACACUGGCGGUGGUCAACUGCCUGGGGCUGCUUCGAGUGCCGCACGCCGUCUUCUUCUGCCUGCUGCUGCUCGCGGCCCUGAUCCUGGGGCUCUUCCUGGCCUUCCUGCAUUACUUCCAGCCUCUGAACUGCUUCCUCAUGAGGAACCUGGAGAUUGUCCAGCAACCCAUAUCCUACGACAAUCUCACCCAGAGGCUGACGACGGAAGCAGCCCAGUUCAUACGACGGAACACGAAGACUCCGUUCCUGCUCGUCCUGUCUUACCUGCAUGUGCACACAGCUCACUUUGCCUCCAAGGCCUUUGCAGGCAGGAGUCAGCAUGGAGUUUACGGAGACUCCGUGGAGGAGAUGGACUGGAGUGUGGGGCAGAUCUUGAAUGUUCUAGAUGCGCUGCAGCUGGCUAGUAACACGCUCGUCUACUUCACAUCAGACCAAGGAGCGCACGUAGAAGAAGUGAGCACCAAAGGGGAAACACACGGAGGGAGCAACGGGAUCUAUAAAGGAGGAAAAGGGAACAACUGGGAAGGAGGUAUUCGGAUUCCAGGGAUCCUUCGAUGGUCCGGGGUGAUACAACCUGGUCAAGAGAUUGAUGAGCCAACAAGCAACAUGGACAUCUUCCCCACGGUGGUCAAACUAGCUGGAUCACCACUGCCGAAGGACAGGGUCAUUGAUGGCCGGGACCUGAUGCCUCUGCUCCAAGGGAUUACCCACCGCUCUGAGCAUGAGUUUCUGUUCCAUUAUUGCAAUGCCUACUUGAAUGCCGUGCGCUGGCACCCACGCAACAGCACGUCCAUCUGGAAAGCCUUCCUCUUCACCCCCAACUUCACGCCCAAGGGCGCCAACGGAUGCUUUUCUACACACGUGUGCUUCUGUUUUGGAAAAUUUAUCACUCCGCACGACCCUCCUUUGCUGUUUGAUAUUUCCAAAGACCCGAGCGAGAGAAGUCCGGUGACCCCGAGCACCGAGCCCCGGUUCCAUGAGAUUCUCAGAGUCAUGCGCGAAGCUGCCGACAGCCACACCAAGACCCUGCUGGAGGUCCCGAACCAGUUGUCCCUGGGGAAUAUCUUUUGGAAGCCUUGGCUUCAGCUCUGUUGUCCUUCCUCUGGCCUGUCUUGCCGAUGCGACCGAGAGAAACAGGAUCAAAGAGUGAGCCGUUAGUGGAUCUGUGUCUGGGGACCACAUCGAGGCUCAUGGCUCCGCCCACCAUCUUCGCUGCAACACACAACCGCAAGGGCCUCCAUUGAUGUGAGGCCCAUCCUGGCCCGGGACCAUCACGGACUCUUUUAUCACUUGCAAGCUUCAACAAGAACUUGGAAGUUACUGGGGUAGCUGGGGAGAGGGGGAGGAGGAAUGGGGUUUGCAGUGAACAGAAAGGAAGACGGUAGACUCUCUGGGCUCAUGCAGAUAGGAUGGGGUUCUUGGAGGUGGUUCUCCAAAGCACACGCUACCCCAGUGCAGGCAGGUGAUGGCCAGGUGCAAAGGUUGUCUUUGUUCCCCCUAGGCAAAGGCUUUGGAUCAACCACAGCAGGUGUCAUUGUUGCUGUAACCUGGAGUUAUAGCAGGACCGUAGUGACUCUUAGCACACCAUUAAAGAGACCAUCAGAUUUUAACAGUUUAGUCGAUCUUAGCACAUGCGCAUUUAUAAUCAAUGAAGGACGAUUUCCUUUAGCAGUCGUACAUAAUGGUGAGUUCCACUUGGGUUACUCAAAGGCAAGGGAUUUAGUUAGAAGACUAGUAAAUGCUCUUCACUCUCUAUGUAGAGAAAAACACAUGAUGCAUACAUGCACACACACACAUAUCUCUACACACGUGUAUGUAAAGCAUAUGUCUUUCCCCAAGAUGGUUAAGGUGUUUCAAAUAGACCCACAAGGUGAUCAGUAUUUCAAUUUAAAAAAAAAAAAGUUGAAGGUAUUUGCACAAUGAAUGCUUUUGCAAAAUCCUUCAGGGACAAGAAUCCCAAGGUGGAUCUCUGCUGACUUGGUCCCCAUUCCAUGUGGAGUCUGACUGUAUCUUGCAUGAAUGGAAGUUCGGAAGUAAAAGCCCACUUUGGGGUUGAUUGGCUUCCCCGGUCCCAUCUUCGUUCGGAAUUACUAGUGUGUAAUAAUCUAUGAUUUUCCUUUAUUUAUAUUUUUUUUGGUGGGAGGGAAACAGGACAGAACAGACCACUGAGAAACAACCCAUGUUCUACACGCACAGGCAUGAUUAUCUUGAGUUCUAGAGACAAGUGCUGAAUGGAAACCCUUUUGUUUCAGCUGGUUUUAUUCUGCAGCUGAGAGCUGCCCAUGCUUAUAACGCACAAGACACCCAAUGCUGUUUUAGUUCCGUUUGCCCCCCUGCCCUGGUUGUUCAGGGAAAAGUGUGACCAGGAUCCCCUAGGACAGUGGCAGAUAGUGGCACAGCUGGAGGAAGUGUGAAGGUUUAAACGGCCAGGCCAGUCGGAAGAAAAGACUACUUCUCCAGUACCCUGUGAGGACACCAUGAAUUCCCCAGCAACAGGGUUGGAUUGCUUUCCAAAGCAGGGCCAGUGCCUGCCCACGUAGCUGUCCACGUCUCCUGUGGACUGACCGGAGCUCCAGCAUCCAUUUGACUGGCGUUUGCUCAGUUCAAGACAGUGCGCCUGCAUGUACCUGGACCCUACCUGACAACUUGAAGAAAACAAGAGCCCUGUCUUGGGCUUUCUAGGCCUUUACUACCAUUUUCUCUGUCCCCUGCCCUGCACCGAGACGUUUCCAGAACUCAGCAGUAUGUCCUCAGUUCCUCUCCAAGUUCUUUCAUUUUGGAUUUUAAUUUUUACUUUCCUUUAAUUACAAAAAAAAAAAAAAAAAAAAGAG